AUGAUCAACCAAAUUACCAACGGCUCCUUCCAGGCCGCAGAGGCUGACGCAUUCGAGUUAUGUAACCUUGCGGAAACAGCUGCAAAGGCAGGCAACAUCGAGCUGUUGAGGCAGUGCUACGAGCGUGGAUUCUGGGCCACUAGCACGCACUACGACGCCGCCGAGGCGAGCGACAAAGCGGAAUCGGUGCGGAAGUUCCUCAGCGAAAACGGCUUCAGCUGGGAGAUCAACGAGCGCCAGCUCCACGGUACGGAGACGCCGCUGCGGCGCUGCGUUUUCCGUGGCCGCAAGCACACGGUCCGGUACCUGCUCGCCCAGGGCGCCGACCCCAACACCAGCCUGGCGCAUAAUCACAUGAAGCCACUUACCGUGGCCGUCCGCGUCAGCACGCCCGCUACUCGCUAUGACACUGAAAUGCUGGAGAUGCUGCUCGAGGCGGGGGCCGAAAUCCCCGGCUCUGGAGCGUUGCACGUUGCUUCGCUGACGGGGAACUUGCCGAAAAUGCAAUGGCUUGUUGAGCAUGGCGCCGAUGUGGACGAGGUGCUGGGAUCUCCUGUUGCAGCUUUCAUCCCGCCGUUCAGGGGCAAGGUGCUGAGUACGCCCCUUCACUGCGCUGUUCUGGGUGGACACUGCCAUUCUGCUGGCGAGGAAGUCUCUAUGACAGCUAGUUACCGGCUCGGUGCAAGCAAGAACGUUGAUGCGAUUAAGUUCCUGCUCGCUCAACGUCCUAACCUGGAUCUCCAAGAUGUGGAGGGGGUGAGCGUGAAGGACCGCCUGAAGGAAUUGGAUGCAAGUCUGUUAGAAGAGGCUAUGCUAGUGGAGGCUGAGCAGCGUGGAUAAGGUGAUUGGAAACGAUCAACCUGAGGAAUUGAAUGCUGGCUUGUGGUAAUUGGCUUAUGCUGGUGGGGGCAGAAGGAUAUGGUGAACUGACGGGUAAGCUGAUGGUGGUGGAUUGAUGGGGUAAGCUGACGGGCUUGGUUGAUGGGGGC